UGGUAAUCUAAUCAAGUUGAAUAUACCAAAUGCUCACGACAUGCGUGAGAUCAACGGUACAAAAUACAACUCUAUCGCAAAUAUUAGCUGUGAUGCGGGAUACAAAGAGAAAAAUAAAACUCAGAUAGCAGGAAUUACAAGUACUUUGAUAAGAUGUAACGAGAAUGGUACAUGGGCUAAUCAACCAACGUGUGUCAGGAAAGACUGUGGUGAUUUGAACAUAGACAAUGCAGCCAAUAAACACCUGCAUAAUGACACCAAGUACCAUUCUACAGCAACGAUCGACUGUGAUGAAGGAUUUUAUAACAAAAAUCAAACCCAAAAAGCUGAAAUAUCAACUACAGAAAUAAGUUGUUCCGAGUAUGGAACGUGGGUGAAUAUACCUACGUGCAUAAGGAAAGACUGCAAACCUUUAUCAUCUCCACCAAAUGGAAAUAUCGCAUUUGAAAAGAAUGAUACAUCCUACGGAUCAAAUGCCACAAUCACGUGCCAUGAUGGGUACAGUGUGGCUGGCCCCGACAAUAUAGUGUGUGAGAAGUCAGGAAACUGGAGUAACUACACAAUACAGUGUCAAAUUAAUGAUUGUGGGCGAUUGCCACAGCCGACGAAUGGAAAGAUCAUUUUUGCUCAAAACAUGACAACAUAUGGGUCUAAUGCUACAUACACGUGUGAUGAUGGAUAUUACAUUAAUGGUUCAAAGACAAUACAUUGUGAAGCGUCAGGACAUUGGAACACUGACGAAAAACGUUGUCAAAUAAGGGAUUGUCACACGCCUACACCAGUACAAGACGGCUUUAUUGGAACUCCAAAUGGAACAGAAUUUGGUGCUAUGGCCAUCAUUUCCUGUAACCCUGGAUAUAAAUUACAUGGAGACAACUUUACAAAGUGCAAGGCGAAUGGCAAAUGGAGUACAUAUUUAGUAAAUUGCACGCUGAAUGAAUGCCCUACAGCAAAUGAUACUGAUAAUGGUUCAGUUAAUAGAACCGACAAAUCACAUGCUGUGUAUAAGUGUGACACAGGGUAUACUUUACACGGCCAGGAGAGAUUGUUUUGUCAACUAAAUGGAACUUGGAGUGCAAAGCCACCAACAUGCAAUAUAAAAGACUGCGGAAACUUAACAAGCCCCGAACACGGAAAUGUGACACUUAACAAUGGACUAACAACAUUUAAAUCUACUGCCACAUUUACAUGUGACACUGGCUAUGAAUUGACUGAUAAGAGUAUUUCGAUAUGCAAUGCCUCUGGUAAUUGGAGCACUAUCCCAAAUUGCAGAAUAAAGGACUGUGGCAACGUCACAACUGUACCUGCAAAUGGACACGUGGAUCAACCAAAUGAAACUACAUACUUAUCUGUUUCAAAAUUCCGCUGUGAUAUCGGCUAUACAUUACAAGGUGACAACAGCACAGUGUGCACAAAAGACGGCAGAUGGAGGACAUAUAAAGUAACAUGUGCCAUCAAUCACUGCUCUAAACCUACGUCUCCUACAAAUGGAAAUGUUUCCCCAGUCAAUGGAACCACCUAUAGAUCGAUUGCAAACUAUACGUGCAACGAGGGGUUUACUUUAAACGGGACCAGCAUAACUACCUGUGAGUCUGACAAGACAUGGAGCGGUCCUCUUCCAACUUGUGAUAUCAAAAACUGUCACACUCCUUCUGCACCUAUAAACGGCAAAGUUAACACUACAAAUGGUACGAUAUAUCAGUCAGUGGCUACAUUCAGUUGUGAUAUCGGCUAUACAUUGAAUGGUGGCAACAGUACAGUCUGUGAAUCGUCCGGAAACUGGAGUGAACAUAACUUGAAAUGCGUCAUUAACGAUUGCGGAAACCUUACAGCACCUGGAAAUGGCACUGUUACUUUCAGCAAUGGUACAACGUACACAUCCAUAGCCUACUAUGACUGCCACACUGGUUUUGACCUGCACGGUGCAAAUGAAACUUCCUGCCAAGCUAACAGAGCUUGGGAUGCUCAAACUCCAACAUGUGUUAUAAGAGACUGCGGUAAGCCUCCAAAAGCUCCUGCUAUUGGAACUUCUACAAACAAUGGAACAACAUAUCAGGCGGUUGUUUCGUACAUCUGUAACGAAGGCUUUGAUUUAAUAGGAAAUGCAUCAGCUGUAUGUCAAGAAAACGGAACAUGGAGCACUGGGCCGACUAAUUGUACUAUCAAAGACUGUGGAAAACCUAAUGGUACAGCUCAUGGAACGUUCUCACCGGAAACAGGAGGACACUUUUUCAACGAUAAUGCUACAUAUAAAUGCGAUAAGGGAUACGAAACCUCUGAUGCGACGUUUAUCACCUGUAAUUCAUCUGGUGAAUGGAACAGACCUCCGCCAAUAUGCAAAGACAUUAAUGAAUGUGAUCGGUAUACCGCAAAUUGUCAUAGACGAGCAGACUGCAAUAACACUGAUGGUAGUUACUGGUGUAAGUGUCAGUCUGGGUUCAUUGACAUUUCAGGAGGUAAAGGAACUAAUUGUGAAGAUAUAGACGAAUGUUCAAGAGCCAGUACAAACAACUGUAAUAAAAACGGGUCCCAGUGUAUCAACUAUCCUGGAGGUUUUCUUUGUCUUUGUGACGACGGUUGGACGGGUGAUACUUGUAGCAUCGAUAUAGAUGAAUGUAACACGACCGGUUGCGGUGUACGAGCUAAUUGUACAAACUAUGAUGGAGGUUACAAUUGUACUUGUAUUUCUGGCUAUCCGAAAGGAGAUCCGAAAAUACAUUGUUAUGAAAAUGUCAUCAUAGAUCUGGAAACUCGCGUUGACCCCUUCAGAGGAAACGAUGAGCUGAUAGACGCUAAGCCUAUCCAUUACAGAUUUCCGUAUUAUGGAUAUGAAUACAACUCAUACAGGCCAAAUAUGAAUGGCUUUCUUACACUUGGCUAUCAACCGGUGUAUGAGCACUAUGGACCAGAAACUCCGGACGACUGGAAGAAAUAUAGCCGGGGAAAUACCGUUAUAGCUCCAUUCUGGACAGAUAUUGACUCUACAAACCUUACUGGAGGACUUUAUGUUCAUCUCUUUGAGAAUUAUACUAACUAUGGUCCAAACGACAGUCAGCAUAAAGACCUUUCACGUCUUGGAAACAUAUUCACUGAAUAUUAUAAUCUCACGAAUUUCACACCUCGGGUUGCAAUUGUAGCCACCUGGAUUAAUGUCACACAGUCGUCCUACAUUGUACCUUCCAGGCUAAUUAGAACACAUAAUGCUACAAUGCAAGUGAUACUAAUUUCUGAUGGUAUCUAUUCCUAUGUAAUGUUCAACUACGACCAUGAACAGUGGUCUUUCGAAAUUGACAAAAAUAUUCCAAGCUCGGCCGGUUAUACCAAAAGUGACAAAACUGGAUAUAUUAUAGCUACCAGACAAAAUUUUACACAGUUAAAUAAAGACACAAACGUAAAAGAAGGUCCUAAUUAUAUUAAUGGAAGAUGGAUAUACGACGUGAGUAGCACCAAUAUUAAUAGAAAUGCAGUUUUACGGAACGAAUCGGAAUGUCUAAAAUUCAGUAAAAACAAAACCAUCAAAGAAUGGAUAGCGAAACAACGGGAAUUGGCAUACCCAUGUCCAUGUAGCGAGCAACAGAUGCAACUUGAUUACAGCUACCGCAAGGUGGAUCCAAUGUAUGAAAGCUCACAGACUAAGACGGUUUGCUAUGAGGCAUGGUUUUUCAACAACGACGGUGUGAAGCAGACGUGCUGUUAUAGUUAUGGUGCGUUGAAAAAGGAAAAUACCGGUGGCGGCUUUGCAACUUUUGAACACGAUAAAUACAAUACUACUCAAUACUUCUACAAAUGUUGUGAUGCAACGACAGACAGGCACCUGUGUCAUCUAUUCUACGAAAUGAACCCGUCUGAUGAUUGCUCUAGAUUCCAGCCUGCGGACGAGCCCAUUGGUAGAUACAGGCGCUCGCUUAUUGGAUAUAUGAGAAGCGGAACUGGUAAAUUAUAUGUUGUCUGUAAUUUUUAAAGGGGUGUUAUUUCCUAGUUUUUGAACCUUAUCGAUUAUUCAGCGACAACUAAAUUAAACUGAACUUUUUGUGAGUUCAAAAAGCGUAGAAAGUUUGCCAAUUUGUAAGAAUGAAUGAAUGAUUCAAGAAAAUGCGUUCGGGAUAAUCCUUAAAGUGAGAUGAUGUUUUCAAUACAUAAUUACAGCUUAUAUGCCUUUUGAUUAUUUUCAUUUUUUUAUGAUGCAUUAUAUAAAAAGUAAUUAGUUAAACCAAUAAAGAUCGAAUUUUGAUAUCUUUUGCUAAAAUGCGAAACAGCUCACAUGCAGUUUUUGAGAUGAAACCAUUUAUCUGAAACAUGGCAGGAUAAUAGUAGAUUUCUAUCAUAUAUUUGGUCACAAUUGAUUUUAACUUACGUACUUAUACACUUUAAGUACUAAACGGUUACUCGUUCAGUGAUGCGGAAUCGUAAAUGUAUCAUGUUUAAUGUAGUUUAUCUUAACAACAAUUCGAUUCUGGGCGAUUUCUGCAUUCUCUGGCUUUUACAGAAAGCCAAGUUGAACAAUGAGCUGCAUUUAUGUCCGGACAAUGCCGAAUUGCUAAACGACAAUGCGUAAUCAAUCGGAAAUUGAAAUCAGAAGUGUCAUUACGGGUCCACUAUCAUGCUUAAUGUGUAUAUAGGUUUUUCGUUACAAAUGUUUAUUUGGUUAAAAGACACUGCAGCUUAAAAAUGCAAUUUUUGUUUUCAAAUUACGUUUUUGAGCGCAAAUAUAUAAAUAUGUAGGAAAAAACUGACACUUUCAUUUUUAUUCUAAUACUUAUUCUCGGUGAGUACCUGUUUUGUUCGUUAUGGUUAUAUUGUUUUGAAUUUUUAUAAAUAAUCGAUAGAUUUUUUAUUUUUCAGAUCAGAUUUGACGACAAAAGCAUUAUUACUAUAAUAUUACCAUUGUGCUGAAAUGAUUUAUUGCAUUUAUUUCAAGAUUCUUAACUUUUGAUUUAUUGUUAUAUUUUGUUGUUUUCUUACAAAAGAUCCCUACUCAUUCUUCGCGAGUUUUGUUUUUUUCUCUCAUUGAAAACAGUGGUAAGUAUAUAUUACAUCUAUUGUGUUUUACUUUGAACAUUGAUACAGUUUAAGUAUUUUGCAAAUGAACCGCGCCAUGAGAAA